AUGUUCAGGAAUCCCCGAGAGGUCGCACCUGACAGCAUAUCUUCAGAAUUUAGUCAAAUACUCAAGCCUCUACCGGUCAUUUCGUGGGGACAGCUUGCAAUACAUCAUUUGGGUGAUCACAUGUUUGUUAUUAGAGACGAACAUCAUCAGACGGCGAUUCAGAAGCUCAAAGACUCGGGAUUCCCUCAAGCCCCUCCUAAUCGCCGGGCCGCCCCUGAAAUUAUGGAGUCUCUCCUAGAUCCGCUAGCCGUCCUUAAUAAGAUUAACAAGGGCUAUAAACGCUUAGACCGUUAUUGCACGUCAUUCCAGUUCCCGCCCCACCUUCCGUUUAGCGAGGACUAA